AAACACUGUUUUCAUUUUUAUCACCACAAAAACAAUGGCAAUUAUCUUCCACUACAAUAAAACUUUACUCUUUUCUUUAUUUUCUCUUCUCUUCUUCUUCACCUUCUCUUCUUCCCAUAUCAUACCCAAAUUUCCUUCUCCAUUGAUUCGACCAGAACAACAGCUAAACUCUGCUUCUGUCAAAAACAAACUUUACAGAACAAAAUUCUAUACCCAAAUACUUGAUCACUUUAAUUAUAAUCCUCAAAGUUAUCAAACUUUUCAACAAAGGUAUCUCAUCAAUGAUACCUAUUGGGGGGGUGCAAAAAAGAAAGCUCCAAUCUUUGUCUACACAGGAAAUGAAGGAAACAUUGAAUGGUUCACACAAAACACAGGAUUUAUGUUUGAAAAAGCACCUUAUUUUAAUGCCCUUUUGGUUUUUAUUGAGCAUAGAUUCUAUGGAAAAUCAAUGCCAUUUGGAGGAAACAAGAAGGUUGCAUAUGCAAAUAGUAGCACACUUGGAUAUUUGAGUUCUACACAAGCUUUAGCUGAUUAUGCAACACUCAUCAUUGAUUUGAAGAACAAUUUGUCGGCUACUGAUUCCCCUGUUGUGGUGUUUGGAGGAUCCUAUGGAGGAAUGUUGGCUGCUUGGUUCAGAAUGAAGUAUUCACACGUUGCAAUUGGAGCUUUAGCAUCAUCUGCUCCAAUCCUCCAUUUCAUGGAUUUGGUUUCACCAUAUGUCUUCACUAACAUUGUCACACAAGACUUCAGGAGUGAGAGUGAGCAUUGUUACAAUGUGAUAAAAGGGUCUUGGAAGCUGAUAGAAGAAACGGCCAAAAAACAUGGAGGACUAGAAUUACUAAAGAAAUCAUUCAGAAUAUGCAAUAAUAAUGAUAUAGGAGCAGGUGCUUUGGAGGGUUGGCUUCAAACGGCAUGGAUUUAUACGGCAAUGACAGAUUAUCCAACACCAUCCAAUUUCUUGAGUCCUAUGCCAGCAUAUCCUGUGAAAAAGAUGUGCGAGGCUAUUGACAACUCAGUGACAGAAAAUAAUCAUACAUUAGGCAAAUUGUAUGCUGCUGCAAAUAUCUACUACAACUAUACUGGUACUGCUAAGUGCUUUGAUUUAUAUGAUAAUUCUGAUCCUCAUGAUCUUGGAGGGUGGCAAUGGCAGGCAUGUACGGAGAUGAUAAUGCCCCUUGACUCAAACAAUAAAGAAAGCAUUUUCCCUGAAUCUGAGUGGUCAUACAAAGACAGGUCUUCAUAUUGCAAAUUUGAAUACAACGUUGUCCCAAGACCCAACUGGAUUACAUCAGAGUUUGGUGGCCAUGAUAUUGAGAUAGUUCUCAAAAGAUCUGCCAGUAACAUUAUAUUUUUUAAUGGUUUAAGAGACCCUUGGAGUGGUGGAGGAGUGUUAAAGAAUAUAUCAAAAUCUAUAGUUGCUUUAGUUGAGAAAGAAGGAGCUCAUCAUGUGGACCUAAGGUUCUCAACAAAGGAAGAUCCAAAGUGGCUUAAAGAUGUAAGGAGACAAGAGGUAAAGAUUAUAGAAAGUUGGAUCUCACAAUACCAUCAAGACUUAGCUACAAUCAUAUAGCGUGACAUUAAGAUAUUGUUGCUUCUACUUAUUGUGUCUAAUACGCUGAUUAAUUGUUACGAAAUGAAAUAAUAAUAAAUUGUUACAAAAAAUCAUCUAUC